GCCCUCGCGUUUAAAAAAAGAACCAGAACCUGAUGACGUCGAACAGGAACAAGAGGUGGGGGGGCUGACUCAGUGAAGAAAAGAAAUGGCGAUGCUCGGAGGGUUUAGUGCAGCACAGCACAAGAAAAACGUUUCUGACGGGAGCAACGACGUGUCAGAAUUCGUCUGUCCAGUUUGUCUCGAAAUCUUCGACAGUCCAGUAACAACACAAUGCGGCCAUACGUUCUGCCAGAUUUGUUUGCAGGAGUGCUUGCGUCCACAGAAACCUGUUUGUGCGGUAUGUCGGGCAGGGCUGGGCCACUGGACUAAAGCUGAUGAGCUUGAGGCCGUCAUCCAAACAUCUGUGGCUGCUUGCAAGGGAUGUGGAGCACAGGUUGGCCUUUCUCAGAUGAGAAGCCACACAGCUGCCUGCUCAAAAUACCAGGAGUACAUUGAGGAGGGAGUGAGGACCACUGCCCAGAGUCAGGCUGCCAUCAUCAGUCCAGUACCAAAUCGCUUCACAUUCACCUGCCCAUACUGCAACUGCCAGAACCUCGAUCAGGAUGGCCUGGUCGAACACUGCACUUCCCAGCAUGCUCGUGAUACAAGACAAGUGGUGUGUCCCAUUUGUGCCUCAAUGCCCUGGGGGGACCCUAACUACAGGAGUGCUGACUUUUUCCAGCACCUGAAGAUCAGACACACAUUCUCCUAUGAUACUUUUGUUGAUUACUCCACAGAUGAGCACACAAUGAUCCAGGAGGCUCUACAGCGCUCCCUUAUGGACAAUUGAAGUGUGAAGAACAAUGCACCAGAGGAGGAAUCCAGUGAAGGGAAGAUGGUGACGUGAAGUCUUAGGAGACAUAACAACACACUGUAACAUCAUUCAUCUAUCACGAUGAUGGUGGUACUGUAUUACUAUGGGUAAUCAGUCUCACAGGGAAAUUGGUAUUGUUAUUAUGGGUCUUUAGGUUUAUUAUUCAUAAAAUAAAUCAUGCAAUAUGGUUAAAAAAGCAUAUUGUACUGUCUGAUUUAGGAGUGAUAAUGUGUUUCUGGUGUGAUAAACUCUUAUCUUACCCCCCAGUUGAGUCUGUAGACUUAAUAGUUUGUUGAAUAUCUACUAAACUAUGUUUGUUCAAGCUGUUUGUUCAUUGAUGACAAGGUGUCAUAUAGCCAAAAACUUCCAAAGUUGUAAUAAAAAUGUCCCUGUUGUCAAUACUUGAUGUUAUAAGAGGGUUUGACCACUAGGUGGCUAACUAUUGCCAGCAAAUGAUAGAUUUCACUCAGUGAGGUGGUCGAGUAAUGUUAACAAUAAUAUAUAAUAAUCUACUCGAGUGACACUGCAUGUUUACUCUUAAAAGUGGAGAGGAGGGGUUGUUUUUAUUUUUGAGUUCAUUAGCAGAUGGAAGCUCUGUCUUUUUUAUGCUGUUUCUGGCUGAAGUGUGUGUUUGUGCGAGAGAGUGUAUGUUCAUCCUGUGUUCAGAGAUCUACUGGAAAGAAUAAAUAAUACGAGGGUCAAACAAAGCCAGAGAUUGGCUGUUUGCUUUAUUGUAA